CGCAGACCUGCUACAUGUAAUCCGGGGGCACGGGCCAGCAGUCGGUAGUUGCAGAGGUGACAGCAGAGCCAUGAAUCCCGACCUGAGCAAGGAGAGGGCCACCGCCACCUUUAACCCCGAGAUCGUCACGUCCAUCCUGGAUGGGAGCCCCGAGAAGACCCGCAGGAGGAGAGAGAUUGAAAGCCUGGUGCUCAAUGACCCAGGCUUCCAGCACGAGGACCCGAACUUCUUGUCCCGCAGUGAGCGCUAUGAGUUGGCCCUCAAGAAGAGCGCCCUGAUGGUCCAGAGGAUACGGGAGUAUGGGAUAGCCAACCCUGAGGAAAUCAUGUGGUUCAAGAGAUUUGUACACCGGGGCCGUGCUGAGCCCUUUGACCUGCACUUAGGCAUGUUCUUGCCCACUCUGCUGAACCAAGCUACUCCCGAGCAGCAGCAGCGCUUCUUGAUGCCUGCCUGGAACCUGGAGAUUAUUGCAACAUAUGCCCAGACUGAAAUCGGACAUGGAACGCAUCUGAGAGGGCUGGAGACAACAGCCACCUAUGACCCAUCUACGCAGGAGUUCAUUCUGAACAGCCCCACUGUGUCCUCCAUCAAGUGGUGGCCUGGAGGGUUGGGUAAGACCUCAAACCAUGCUGCUGUUCUGGCACAGCUCUACACCCAAGGAGAAUGCAAGGGUCUUCAUGCCUUUAUUGUUCCCCUUCGUCGCCUGGAUACCCACGAGCCUUUGCCAGGUAUAACUGUUGGAGAUAUCGGACCCAAGUUUGGAUUUGAUGAAACGGAUAAUGGAUUCUUGAAAUUCGACAAAGUCCGCAUCCCGCGGGAGAACAUGCUGAUGAAAUAUGCCCAGGUGGAACCAGAUGGCACAUACGUGAAACCACUUAGUGAUAAGCUGACCUAUGGUACCAUGGUAUUUAUCCGCUCUGUGAUCGUUGGGGACUCGGCUCGCAGCCUGUCCAAGGCUUGUACUAUUGCUAUCCGCUACAGUGCUGUACGACAUCAGUCUGAGAUCAGACCUGGGGAGCCUGAGCCACAGAUCCUGGACUUCCAGACCCAGCAAUAUAAGUUGUUCCCCCUUUUAGCCACAUCCUAUGCGUUCAGCUUUGCAGGCGCUUACGUGAGCCAGAUUUACCACAGAAUAUCAGGGGACAUCCAGACGGGGAACCUGAAUGAGCUUCCAGAGCUUCAUGCCCUAGCUGCCGGGUUGAAAGCCUUUACUACGUGGGUUGCAGCAAGUGGCAUAGAAGAGUGCAGGAUGGCAUGUGGAGGGCAUGGAUACUCUCGCAGCAGUGGCAUCCCUGACAUCUAUGUGACCUUUUCUCCAGCAUGUACCUAUGAGGGGGAGAACACCGUGAUGAUGCUGCAGACAGCCAGGUUCCUGUUCAAAAGCUACACUGCAGCCUUGUCUGGAGAACAUCUUGAGGGAAUGGUCUCCUACCUUAAUGAUGUGUCCUUGCAGCGUGUGCAGGCUCAGCCCCUGGCUGGGCGGUCUGUGGUGAAAGACAUCAAUGACCUGAGAAGUCUGGAAGAAGCCUAUAAACAACGGGCUGCUUGGCUAGUUGUGGCUGCGUCCAGAAAUGUCCAGACUGAUCUAAAACGUGGAAAGCGUAAAGAAGAUGCUUGGAACAAAAACUCUGUGGAUCUGGUCCGGGCUUCUGAUGCACACUGUCAUUAUGUAGUAGUCAAACUUUUUGUGGACAAGCUGUCCGAGGUCCAGGAUUUGGCUGCUCACCGGAUCUUGAGUUCACUCUGUCUCCUCUAUGCUCUGCAUGGAAUCGGCAAAAAUACUGGAGACUUUCUGCAGGCUGGCCUCCUGACAACUUCCCAGUUGGAGCAGAUACAGCAGCGGAUUAAGGAUUUGUUAGGGGUAAUUAGGCCUAAUGCAGUAGUUCUGGUGGAUGCAUUUGAUCAUUCAGACACUCAUCUGGGCUCUAUACUCGGGAGAUAUGAUGGAAACGUGUAUGAAAAUAUGUUUGAAUGGGCAAAGAAAUCGCCCCUGAAUAAGACCCAGGUUCAUGAAUCUUUUCACAAAUAUCUGAAACCUCUUCAGUCCAAGCUGUGAUCAUCUCCUUACGGUGAAUAGAAGCAGGACCAGCUCGAUUCUUAUUUUUUUUUAGUUGAUUACCUCAGAAUUGUUAGGAGGAGCAAGUCUAUGGAACAGUACAGAUUUUCAGUAAAUUUCCCCUUGGACUACUCAUGUGCUGAACGCCCCCGUCCUUAAAUCACUACGACGUGCGUACAUCUUGAUGACACCUUCUUCCCCCUCCUUCCAGGAUGCCAGCUUGGAGUUAACAAAGUCUUCUAUCAAUGAGGCGUUUAUUAUAUUUUAUGGCGGUUUUUAUUCUUGAAUAAAUUUUUCCGAUCUUUCUAGAACAUGCUGACUGUUUUGGCUAGUAAUUACCGUAAUCUUGCCCUGUAUUGUCCAUUUAAUAAGCGGCAGGGAUAAGAGAAGAUGAUUGCCAGUAAACCAGUGAUGUACUAGACACUGUAACACAAUAAUGUACGUACUUCACAAUGUA